GUCACAAUUUUACAAUACACAUGAUAACCUCACACAAACUUCGUUCCGCGUGUACAAAAAAAUAACAAAGAUAUUUGAAAUUCGUUUCAAACGAAGAAAAAGAGAACCCGCAGAAUGGUUGGCUACGAAAUCAGAAAACUAGAAGAUAAGGGAAGAGCAUUGUUUGCAACUGUCGAUUUUAAGGAAGGUGACACGAUAUUGGAUGAAGUACCUUUGGUUUCGAGUCAAUUUUCAUGGAAUGCUGCUUGCAAAUAUUUGGCAUGUGAAUAUUGUCUAAAACCUCUGGAGACUGCUGAAGAAAAUUUUAAUCGCUUGAGUGGACACAAAGGCUCCGAAACUAUUACUUUGCCAUAUGCUGAUUAUGGCUGCCGCCUCGACAAACAAAACCAAACAAAAUGUCAGGACUGUUCAACCCGUUAUUGUUCGCAAGAAUGUUUGAAUAUUGCGAACGAAAGAUACCAUCGUUUCUUGUGUUUGGCGUCAGAUUACGAUAAUCCAACUCAUCCACUGAAUGUUCUUAAUGAAGUUUGGAAGAAAAUUCACUAUCCUCCUGAGACAACCACCAUACUAUUGAUUGUCAAAUUGAUUGCAAUGUACAAACAAAGCGAAGAUAAAGAAGCACUUUUCAACGCAAUUCAAGAAUUUCAACACGAAUUCAUCAAUGAAAAUCUGAUGAUAACACACAAAAUGUUGGGCGAAAAGCAUCAACACAAUCUUGAUGAACUAUUUGCUGUAUUCGAAGAUUCAAUUGAUUUUACUGGAAUUGAAAUGUUUCGGAAUCUAGACUGUUUCAAGCGACUUUUUGCAUUGAUUGGUAUUAAUGGACAAGGAAUCGGAACUUCUUCAUUUGCGGAUUGGGCACAGUGCGUAUCAGGGCUAUCUCUUGAAGAAGAUGAACGAAUGGCCAUCACAGACUUGAUUGAUAGCUGUUAUGCACAACUAGAAGAAGGUACUGGUCUGGAAUGGUUGAACAUUGAAGGAUCGGCACUCUAUUCGAUUGGAAGCAAAGCAAAUCACAGCUGCGUUCCAAAUGCUCAAACAUCAUUCCCGCAUUCAAAUCACAAUCUUCAUUUAAAAGCGAUCCGUGACAUUCAGUGUGGUGAAGAGAUUUGCAUCUCAUAUUUGGAUGAUUGUUUUCUUUCACGAUCACGACAUUCACGGCGGAAAGAACUGCGCGAGAACUAUCUAUUUAUGUGUACGUGCCAAAAAUGUGAAGCGCAAAAGGAUGACGAGGAUGUUACAUCAGAUGAAGAAAUGGAUGAUGAUGAUGAAGAAAUGGAUUAAAAAAUGCAUUAAAUUAUAAUGUGGAAAGAAAAAUUUAUUCGUUCAAUUCAAUACCACUGUAAAAGAGAAAAAAAUCAUAAAUAAAUCAGUGCUUAUGCAACAGUUGCUGCAUCA